ACCAUAUAUGUUAAUCGUUCGCAUUGAGAUCCUAGAAAGUAGAGAUAACAUAUAUACACCAUUAUCUUUAAAUCUGUUGUAGAUAAGUAGAUAUGAUAGAUUUACACGGUCGAGGUAUCUUUAAAUCUGUUGUAGAUAAGUAGAUAUAACAGAUUUACACCAAGUUAUCUUUAGAUCUGUUGUAGAUAAGUAGAUAUGAUAGAUUUACACCGUCGAGGUAUCUUUAAAUCUGUUGUAGAUACGUAGAUAUAACAGAUUUACACCAUCAAGUUAUCUUUAAAUCUGUUGUAGAUACGUAGAUAUAACAGAUUUACAUCAUCAAGUUAUCUUUAAAUCAUUUGUUAUCCUCGAAUGGUGCUUGCCUGCUAUGGGAAUGGGAGUAAUGGUGACUUGGACGACUGUUGUGAUGAUGCUCGUCCUGCCACUGGAAAUUCGAGGCUGUGAGGUGGCGACGCUUGGAGACCACCUCGAAGAACCUCUGCAGAAGAACGGAGAUUCGUGGACAGUCAGCGUGGGCGUGAAACCGAACCACGAUGAUGAAUGGCAGUUGAACCUCCUCCUGACAGUCAGAGAAAAGCCCAGAGAAACGCCUGUCAUAAACGUGACACUGACCCACAUUUCGCUUGCAAUAAUACGACUCUCCGGUCAUAUUGGCGACGAGGAAAUCACUGGCGAUGGCUUCCUUUCCGUCCCGAAGAAACAUCCCUUUAUCCUCGCUGUCACAGCCAAUCGAUACGACUUAGAAAUCAGAAUUGAUAAGGUGGAGAAAACCGCAACACAUGGACUCAAGAAUUUCCAUGAAAUAAAAAGUUCGACUCUUUCAUUAAGGAACACUGUCGCUGCUGAGAACUUCAAUGUGUCACACGGCUGCGUCGGAUUCAGCAACCCCAAGAUAUUGGAAUAUGCUGUUCGGCCGAGAUUUACAGAAGCAGCCAUUGCGCUAAAAUAUUCAGCUCAUCCGACAUUAGCAGGGAACAAGACUCUCGUCAUAGCAGCGGCUUCGUGCGGCGCUGCGGCCCUCGUGAUGGCAGCGACCUGGCUGAUCUACUGCGCUUCGAGGCGACUGCGCGGACGCCCUCCUGUCAACGCGGCCUCUCGCUCUGACCAGCACGAGGGACCACGCCCCGUCCACGCCCAGGGGGACGUCAGCCUCCACGCUUCACCCCAAAACACUUGCGCAAACGUUGCCACGCCUGCCCAGGGCACUGCGCACGCCACUUGGGCUGCUUCAGGUCAGACGGGUGUGGGCAGCGCACUGUGCGUGGACGAACACCGCAGUUCUCUCGAGGAACACAUCUACGAGAGUGCAAGUGAUGCAGAGGAACAGAUGAACACGGACUGUGCAAACUGCCAGCAAAAGAGUUCUCCCGAAGAACACAUCUACGACAGUCUAAGUGAAAUGGAAGAACCGAUGUACACGGACUGCGCAGACAACCAGCAAAGAUGUUCUCCCGAUGAACACAUCUACGAGAGUGCAACUGACGCUGAAGAAUCGUCCGGCAGCCGGUCAGAGAGAAACAGCAUUUACGGGAGCGAAAGGGACUCUGAGGCACAGCAGUCAUUCCGCAACAGCAUUUAUGAUGAUCACUGCGCAUGAGAUCUUCGACAGCUGUUCUCGCGGCGUCAGUUGCAUUUUCUGUAAUUAUUAUUAUUAUUAUUAUUUUUUUUUUUGUGAGGUCAUGAGAAGUAUACAGAAAUGAAAUUUGUUGCAAUGUAUGUCUAUAUCGCUGCGAUAGAGGAAUGUUAAUGGUUUAGUGUAACAUUCUUCAAACUAAUUCAUUAUGUAUUGUGUAAGCGUUGAUUAUUGAUGUUUUUUAUUCAGCCUGUAUUAUGAUUUGGCAAUUUGUGAUUAUGUAUUGACUUGCUUGCUAUGACUUUGUAUACCCACAUGUGUGAAUAAAUAAAUAA